UGCUUCCAGACAGUGACUACCUUUUGAUUUCCUGUGUGUGUGUGGUUAGUUUCUUCUAGAAUUAUACUGAGGAAGGAGUUCGAUCGUGAACACACGCUUCCGUGUGCGUAGGGUAUGAUGAGAAUGAGAACAGCAACACAAUUCCGCGCAUUUUUUAGACGUCUUUUUGUCGCGGAGACUGAAGGGUCGAUGUGGAAAUAGAGCGGAGGGAGGCAAUCAAGAUCAGGGAUUAAGAUAUGCUAUUACGCCUAUUUCCUUGGCCAGUUUUCCUCCUUGCAUACUCCGAGUUCACUGUGCUGCCUAGUCCUCAUAACGUGAAGAUGGAUGCAGUGAACACUCAAUACAUAAUGAGAUGGGACUGGAAUCACUCCCUGGCCAAUCACAACGUCACGUUCACCGCACAAUACACAUUUUCUAAUCAACGGUUUGACGAGGGAUCCUACUCAGGGAAAUGUAUCAGGAUAACUGAGGAGAGGUGUGACUUCUCUAGGGAGCUGGACCUCUACGUUGGGUCAUACAUACUGAGAGUGAGGGCCGAGGGCAGGGGUCAGAUGUCAAACUGGUCCUGUCUGAAGUUCGUUCCUGAUGAAGAUGCGGCCCUAGGCCCCCCGUCCCAUGUGGCGUUAGAUCCAGGGGACGCCAUGGUAACAGUGAGCUUCAGGAAGCCAAUGAAGGAGCAGGACCACACAAUGAGGUCCAUGUUGGACUCCAUGUCCUUCAGUCUGCAGUAUUGGGAGAAACAUCCACCCAGCAAGAAACAAGAGAACGUUUUUGACACCGAAGAGAGAACACUGUUCUUUCUGAAGCCCUGGACAGAGUACUGCAUGCAGGUCAGCGCAUUCAUCAAACUGUCCAAUAAGACCAGCCCCUACACACCGCAACAGUGUGUGAGGACCCUGGGUAAAAGACACCCUCCGGUGUGGCAGGUGUUGCUGGCUCUGCUGUGCUGUGUCACACUGAUGACAGUGCCCAUCUGCAGACGCUACAAAAAGAGAAAAAGUAUUGUCUCAAAGUACACAUUUCCUAGCAGUAUACUGCAUAACACACAGGAUCAAAUGUUCCUUCUCCUGCCUCGGGAGGAGAGCUGUGUGGCCACGGCUGUGGUGGCUGUACAGGUAGAGCAGACAAGCCAGGGUCAACAACAACAGGUCAAGGGUCAGAGAGAUGUUGAGGCAGAGCAGGACAGUGGCUCCUCCUCCAUCCAGAGAGGACAAGGCAGCUCCAGUCAUGACUCUGGGAUCUACUUAGGAGAAGACAGUGGAAAGAGGAGUGUGGGGUCAACAACAACAAGUCAACCUGAAGACACACUGAGAAAAAAUAUUGAUCCCUUUAGCAAACUGCUGUAGAGCAAGUAGUGGAGUUUUGGGGAACAACUUGGAUUCACUUUCAAGAGGAGACCUCUUGGGGAAAUUCUCUUAUGUCAAAUGAAUUUUUAAGGCUAUCUAUAAGACUGAUGCAUUUCUCUAGUUUAGUUUAUUGAGUUGCCUGGUAAUAACGGCCAAUAAUGCAGGUUAUGGAUGCAGGUUAUGGAAUGUACUGUAUCUGUUAUAAUUUUUAUGCUAUUCCCAUUGAAUAGGAGAUAUGAAAUAUGUAUUGCUCAGAGAAUUCACAGGCCAGUUAGAGGUUCAAUGUUCAUGAAAAGGGCCAAGAGGUUUUCCUGACAAUGUCUUCUGACCAGGACCAACUCUGGGAUAGUUGUGGUCAGGAAGAACUCCUUACUAAGGAUGCAAAGCUACUGAUAAUUUACCAACGUUACCAGAAUCUUCAGUAAUUCUGGUAAUUAACUGAUUCUAUGGCAAUCUAUCGUAACUUUGGUCAUUUAAACUUAUAACUUUCAUAGUAUUCAUUUAUAUUUGUCCAUGAGUGUCUAGUAGAUAAACCAUAUGGUUCAAGAGAAAAUAGCCUAAUUAAUGAAAAAAAGCCUCUAAUCAACAAUGCCAUUCUUUUCAAUUAACUCUGCAACUCUUCCAACUAUUGGUUUAUAUUUAGGAUAAUGUGUUACAGCUUUUUCAUUUUAUUUUUCAUUUUAAACUCGUAUUCAGUUAUUUCAUAUGUUUUACAUGUCAUAAGGCCACACUGGAGCUGGAGACUAUUACAGACACCUGUGAUAAUCUGAAGUACCCUAAAGGGCCACUAGAUGUCUUGUGAUA